UCCCGGCGGCUGCUGACUCCCUCCGGCCCGGAGGACCGGGCGGGACAUGGCCUCGGCCACGGUGGCAGCAGCAAGACGGAGCCUCGGCCGGGCCCCUCCGCUCCUCCUCCAGCGCGGCUACCAGACGGAGAGGGGUGUCUACGGGUACCGGCCGAGGAAGCCCGAGAGCCGGGAGCCCCGGGGCGGCCUAGCGCGCCCCCCAGUUGAUCAUGGCCUUGCCAGGUUGGUGACGGUAUACUGUGAGCAUGGUCAUAAAGCUGCCAAAAUCAACCCCCUCUUCACUGGACAAGCCCUGCAGGAGAAUGUGCCUGAAAUCCAAGCCCUCGUGCAGACCCUGCAGGGACCCUUUAACACCGCAGGAUUAUUGAACAUGGGGAAGGACGAGGCCUCUCUUGAGGAAAUAUUAGCCUAUCUCAACCAAAUCUACUGUGGGCAGAUUUCUAUCGAAACCUCCCAACUUCAGAGCCAGCAGGAGAGAGACUGGUUUGCCAAGCAGUUUGAGAAACUGAAAAAGGAGACAUUUACCACAGAAGAACGAAAACAUCUGUCAAAACUAAUGCUAGAAUCUCAGGAGUUUGACCACUUUUUGGCCACCAAGUUUGCCACAGUGAAGCGAUAUGGAGGCGAAGGAGCUGAAAGCAUGAUGGGCUUUUUCCAUGAGUUGCUGAAACUGUCAGCCUACGGUGGGAUAACCGAUGUUAUUAUCGGGAUGCCCCACAGAGGAAGGCUGAAUUUAUUGACAGGCCUUCUGCAGUUCCCUCCAGAGCUGAUGUUCCGUAAAAUGCAAGGCUUAAGUGAAUUUCCAGAAAAUGUCUCGGCCAUUGGAGAUGUCCUGUCUCACCUGACCUCCUCGGUUGACCUGGACUUUGGAGCGCACCAUCCCCUCCACGUGACAAUGCUGCCUAACCCCUCACACCUGGAAGCCGUUAACCCCGUGGCCGUCGGGAAGACUCGUGGAAGGCAGCAGUCUAGACAGGAUGGGGACUACUCUCCAGACAGUUCGGCUCAGCCUGGGGACAAAGUCAUUUGCUUACAGGUUCAUGGUGAUGCUUCUUUCUGUGGUCAAGGGAUUGUUCCUGAAACAUUUACGCUCUCUAAUCUCCCACAUUUCAGAAUUGGUGGGAGUGUCCAUUUGAUUGUCAAUAACCAGCUGGGUUACACCACUCCGGCAGAAAGAGGGAGGUCUUCCUUAUACUGUAGUGAUAUCGGGAAGCUUGUGGGCUGCGCCAUCAUCCAUGUCAAUGGAGAUAGCCCAGAGGAAGUGCUUCGUGCCACACGGCUGGCAUUUGAAUACCAGCGCCAGUUCCGGAAGGAUGUGAUUGUUGAUUUGUUAUGCUACAGGCAAUGGGGCCACAACGAGCUGGAUGAGCCCUUCUUUACCAACCCGGUCAUGUACAAAAUCAUCAGAGCCCGAAAGAGCAUCCCAGACACAUAUGCAGAGCACCUUGUUGCCAGUGGACUCAUGACCCAGGAGGAGAUAUCGGAAAUCAAAGCCUCCUACUAUGCAAAGCUAAAUGACCGUUUAACUAACAUGGCCCACUACAACCCCCCUGCCACCAACCUGCAGGCCCAUUGGUGGGGCCUGGUUCAGCCGGAAGCUUGCAUUACCACCUGGAACACAGGCGUGCCCCUCGACCUCCUGCGGUUUAUCGGCGGGAAGUCCGUAGAGGUGCCGGAGGAGCUCCAAAUGCACAGUCACCUUCUGAAGGUGUAUGCUCAGUCCAGAAUGGAGAAAGUGAUGGAUGGAACAAAGUUAGACUGGGCCACAGCAGAAGCUCUGGCCUUGGGCUCAUUACUUGCUCAAGGUUUUAAUGUUCGUCUGAGUGGCCAAGAUGUUGGCCGUGGAACUUUCAGUCAGAGGCACGCAAUGGUUGUUUGCCAGGAGACCGAUGACACCUAUAUCCCUCUGAACCAUAUGGACCCUAAUCAGAAGGGGUUUCUUGAGGUCAGCAACAGCCCGCUGUCCGAAGAGGCUGUCCUGGGAUUUGAGUAUGGGAUGAGCAUUGAAAGCCCUAAGUUACUGCCGAUCUGGGAGGCUCAGUUUGGGGAUUUCUUCAAUGGUGCCCAGAUCAUCUUUGACACGUUCAUCUCUGGAGGAGAGGCCAAGUGGCUCCUCCAGACUGGUAUUGUUAUUCUCCUUCCCCACGGGUACGACGGGGCCGGACCCGACCACUCCUCUUGUCGCAUAGAGCGUUUCCUGCAGAUGUGUGACAGCAUAGAAGAGGGGGUAGAUGGAGACACAGUGAACAUGUUCGUGGUGCACCCGACUACUCCUGCACAGUAUUUCCACUUGCUUCGGAGACAAAUGGUCCGGAACUUCAGAAAACCCCUGAUUGUUGCUUCUCCUAAGAUGUUACUCAGGUUCCCUGCAGCUGUGUCAACUCUUCAAGAAAUGGCACCAGGAACAACAUUCAAACCGGUCAUUGGUGAUUCAUCUGUGGAUCCAAAAAAUGUUAAGAGUCUAGUGUUCUGCAGUGGCAAACAUUUCUAUGCCCUACUGAAGCAGAGAGAAUCUUUGGAGGCCAAGAAGCAUGACUUUGCCAUCAUCCAAAUAGAGGAACUCUGCCCUUUCCCAUUGGAUUCAUUACAACAGGAGAUGAGCAAAUACAGACAUGUUAAAGAUUUUAUUUGGAGUCAGGAGGAGCCUCAGAACAUGGGUCCGUGGUUUUUUGUUUCUCCCAGGUUUGAAAAGCAGCUGGCCUGCAAGCUCCGUCUUGUGAGCAGACCCCCUUUGCCAGCACCCGCUGUCGGAAUUGGCACCGUUCACCUGCAGCAGCAUGGAGAUGUCCUCACCAAGACCUUCGCUUGAUGAAGUCCUUUGAAGAAAUCCUACUUCCUUUAAAACAACUGCCAUAGAAGGAAAGGCUUUCCUCUAUUCUCUCCGCCUUCUGUUAGGUAACAUGAGAAGACUGGAUUCCUCUAAGAUGUUGGGACUGAUGAGGACAGUUUAAUUUGGAAUAUGUGGAAUAGUCAAGGGAAUCGUUCAUCAAUACAGGAAUCCGACAAGUAACUUUUAUCCUUAAAAAUACACUAGUGUUUCUUUUGGUUAGAUUUGAGUGAGUUGUAUAGCUACGCCCUUAUCCAGAUUUUUUUAGGCUUUCCUCUUUCUAAUUAACUUUAAAUACCCAGGAAAAGUUCUUUAGCCUGAAUUUACAUCUACAUAUAGAUUACCUCAAUGAUUUGUUUGGUGCAUGUCACUUUCGUUAAUUUUAUUCAAAGUCCUGUGACCACCACUAUUUUCGUUUUAUGUCAUCUCUG